UCACCUCGGUUCUCCAUAUGAUAAUGAUUAGUGCCCAUAAUCCAGAUUUUGCUGUGAUAUAUUGUUUGAUGACUGACUGAUUAGUCCAAAUAUUUAUUUUAUUUGCCCAUAUAUUUUACCCUUAGUAAUUUGCCUAUGAUAAUUAUUCCUACAUUAUACGGUAGUGGAUCUUGUGAGAUAUGGGAAACCAUAAUAGUCACGACAAGCCUAGCACAGAUGGAAGCGGCAGUGGGGCUAGUACACCUCGAGGGUCGACUCGUGGAGCUAGAUCUGGUUCCAGCGGAGAGCUACAAGGUCACACAGACAAGCCGGAAGCACCUGCGCCCUUGUCGCUAGUGCCUGUAGAAAAACUAGGAAAGUUGCUGGCCCAACGGUCACAAAAGGAGGAUGGUGUCAAUGGUGUCACAGAAAAUUCUUUUACGAAAUAUCUAUUUCCCCGGUAUCCGGAGCUGGCCCGCCAGUUCUAUUGGUAUAUCCACAGACUGGGAAAGUGCAAGAAUAAACAUAUCCCCCUUAACACGUUCCGGCACCAAUGCGAAAGGAUCCUCGCCAUACUGGAUGAUAAUGUUAUUAUUGAUACAUAUGUCAGAAUGUUCUGCACUGAUCCUGAAGAAGCUAAGGUAACCCCAGAAGAUUUGCGUAGUCUACUUUAUGUCAGCUAUAAACUGUCUAUGGACUACUAUCCAGAAGGACCCCAGACUUGUAUGCAGAUAAACAAGACGUUAAAUGCGGUAGUCAAUGGAUGUUACAAUAAGAAGGAGUCACACAGUGUAGGAUUUGUGGUACGCUGGUUGGAGGAACAUUGCCAUCGACUCAUCUUUCCUGUACACAGAUACUGUGUCCACUUAUUAGCCACUCGUCACCGUGAAUUGGAAUCCCAACUGGAGUCUAGUCCCGGUGAAAGUGGAACUGGAAUUGAGUUGGCCACGCCCGUAUUGGACCGAGUCGGCCCUCGGGCUGCAUUGUUGCCUGUUUCUGCUGCUUGGCUGGUCGCUGCAACAUUGUCACAGUUAUAUACCCGCCCGCUGAAGCCUCCACCGGUAACCACUAGUGGUGGGGGCAGCGCGAGCGCAGCCUGGAUGUCGAGACUAGUCUGUGCGUUGCCUUCACAUUGGGUGCCGCUUUACUCCUCUAACGAACAUGGUCUGGGAGCCAAUCGAUUCUUACAUCAUACGCUGGCGUAUAGAGGUCCAACACUGGUGGUGGUGUCUGGGAAAGCGGAAUGUGGUGAAACAGUAACAGUGGUGGUGGCGUCGCCGCAAGAAUGGCGGGAAACACACCAGUAUUGUGGUGGACCAGACUGUGCCCUAGUACAGCUCUACCCAACGUUCUCGCUGGUUGAGCGCGGUCCACGAAUGCUAUACCUUAACACAUGUAUACGCGGAUACCCAAAAGGACUCCGCGCUGGUGCUGAUCCUCGAUCGCCACAACUCUCAGUUAACGAAGGCUUUGAUAGCUUUACGUUUAAGGGAGCGCCUUAUCCGCUUAAUGCUAUUGAGGUCUGGGGUUGCGGCGAUGGUGCGCUACGCGAGUCACAGUUGGACGUCAAGAAGUGGCAAGUCAAAGAGGCUGAGCGGCAUAGAAAUGUGAAAAUAUCGGCAGCUGAUUGGAUCGAACAUCCUGAUAGAUAUUUACUUGAAAUGGCCGGCCGCCCUCAGUAUAACACAACUGCUUCAUAGGGAAAUGGAGCAACUGUUAACACAACAAUUUCAUUGUUAGGGCAUCUCCUAAUUUGGAGGAUAUACAUUGAACUUAUCCUUAAAAUAUUUGUAUUGUGUAUACUUUAUUAAAAAAUAGAUGAAACAUUGAAAAGCGUGAUUGAGAUUGAAAUAUGUAUAUGCUUUUCAGCUUUGACAUUUUACAUAGAUAUAUUAAAGAUUGAAGUGCCUUUGAGGGUUAAAAAUUAACCGUUUGAGGGUUUGUGGUCAAAAUUGUUCUAUAUAUUCAACAUUAGAUAUUUUUGUGUCCUCAAAACCUUUAAACAAGAAAUCUUAUGUAGAUUACUUGACUGUUUGCUUAAAAACUAGGACUUACCAUUUUAUUUAAGAUUUUUUUUUAGUUUGGCUUUUCUAAAGUAAAACGUAAGUAAAGUAACUAAAAACAGUAACUCUAUAUAACGACACUCAAGAGAUUUUGACGAUGCAAAGAGUUGUUGUUAAAUGGAGAGAAGAAAAAUCUGUAUUAGAAAAAGAAAAGUUUAUUUAAGACUAGUGUUAGUAACAUACAACACAAUUCUUAAUCUGUUCUAAGCAGAAAUUAUCUACUAUUUUUUUUUUAUUAUUUUAUUCAUGAUUGAAUGGCAUGAUAUUCGGGACAUAUGAUGACGAUAGUCGAGUUUAUUACGGGCUAGGGCUAGGACGUUAGAUGGAGUUUACACUGUAUUUGUAUGUCCAUAAUGAGAUAAAUCUCAUUUAAUUUUUUAUGGUACUUAAAUUUAUUAUCUGUACAUUUAAUACUAAAAUGUAUUGGUUUAAAAAAUUAUACACUUAGAUCUGUGAUUUUGCUUCAUUAAACAGUAUACUACAGGUAAGUUUUAAGAGACCUUCAAAUUUACGCAUUGGUGCCAAUGUCAAUGAGUUUAUAAUUACAAUUAAACACCAGUUCACUGCGUUUUGCUCAAAAAAAUCUAAUAUUUACAAAAACUUACAAAGCUUCUUUACUAUAUUUUAUCUUUACUAUAUUUUAUCUUUACAAUAGUUUAUCUCUUAUUUACUGCUGUACUCGUCAAGUCAAUUCAGUUGUGUGAAUUUUUCAUACUACAUUAUGUAAAAGACAAUCUGAUGUUAGUUAAGUGUUUAUAAAAGAUAACUAAUGUGUGUAAUGUUUUUACUUCGUGUCCAUUAUGUAUAUUUUAUAGCUGAUUGCGUUUUUUUUUCUUCUGAGUAUUGUUUGUAGGAAAAAUGCUUAAUUACAUACACAUGAGAAUCACAAUUCUAUGUCAUUAUUUACUAAUGUGAAAAAUAAAUUUGUUAAUAAUAAUUAUGAAUAAUUUUUUAUUGAAUUUCAUGGUUAAUUAUGAAUUUUGAAUUGCUUUAUACGUUAGGAAAUGUUUCACUAAAAAUCAUAUAACUUAUAUGGCUAUCCACAAAUUUUCCUACAACCUUUAUAUUUAAUUAAAAAUAUAACUGUUGUUAUUUGUAGGUGCUUACAGUAUUCAUUUAAGUUUGGUGCUCUGGUUUUUACAUAGAUAUCAAAAGUAUAUGUUUAAAAAAAUGUAUUUGAAUGAGAAAUCUGUGAUUGAAUGUUAAUUAUGAAACACUUCUAAUAUUAUUUUAAAUGUGCACAGCUUAGUAUAGAUAAAUUAUCUAUUAUAAUUUGCUUAUGUACACAUUGUAUUAUAGUUGAAUAAGUAAAGUAUUUUAAUAGA